AUGGAAUCACAUUGUAUCCGGUCCACUAUGGCGCUGGGGUUGUCCUCCAAGAAAACCUCUUCCCGGAACAUCUCAGUAGAAAGGAAAAAUCUGAUUACAGUCUGCAGAUUCUCUGUGAAGACUUUAUUGGAAAAAUAUACGAUAGAACCCAUUGAUGAUUCAUCAGAAGAGUUUGUCAACUUUGCUGCAAUUUUAGAGCAUAUACUCAGCCAUCGUUUCAAAGCCUGCUUCCUCCUAGGUCCUGCCAGUUGGUUUAGCUCUGAUGGACAACGUGGCUUCUGGGAUUACAUCCGCCUGGCAUGCAACAAAGUCCCAAAUAACUGCGUCAGUAGUAUUGAAAACAUGGAAAACAUAAGCUCCUCCAGGGCUAAGGGCCGGGCAUGGAUUCGUGUGGCUCUGAUGGAGAAGCGCAUGUCUGAGUAUAUUGCUACAGCACUUCGGGAUACUAGAACAACCAGGAGAUUUUAUGACGAUGGAGCAAUCAUGCUGCGAGAAGAAUCAACUGUCCUUACAGGAAUGCUGAUUGGGCUUAGUGCUAUAGACUUCAGUUUCUGCCUCAAAGGGGAAAUUAUGGAUGGUAAGACACCAGUGGUUAUCGACUAUACUCCAUAUCUGAAGUUCACACAGAGUUAUGAUUACCUAAGUGAUGAAGAGGACCGGCACAGCCUGGAGAGCAGUACCAGUGAAGAGAGCUCUCCUGACCACCCUUACUUACCAUUAGUGACUGCAGAAGACAGCUGGUACAUUAAAUGGCGCAAGAUAGAGCAGAAGUUUCGCAUCGUCUAUGCACAAAAGGGCUAUCUAGAAGAGCUAGUUCGGUUGAGAGAGUCACAACUCAAGGAUCUGGAGGCAGAGAACAAACGUCUGAAGUUAAGGCUGGAAGAGGUGACGGUGCAGAAUCAGUUAGAGAAACGGGAGUUGGAAGGGAUCAUCCUGGAACUGCAGGAGCAGCUGACGGGCCUCGUUCCUUCAGACAACAGCCAGUUUACCCAACUCUCCAAGGAGAUGGCUGCACCUUUGGUGAACCAGUGGCCCUCUUUGGGUACUCUGAACAGUAAUGAAAGCCAUGCAGAAGCCAAGAUAUUCAGGAGGCACAGCUUCAUGAGCACAGAUCAACUCUCCACAGAAAUAAGUUUGAGUUCUGAUUCACAACGGAUGUGUGAAGGGAAACAUGAAGGGGAACCUUGGGGGCCACUAGGAAAGGAUCCAACUCCAUCAAUGUUGGGCCUCUGUGGAUCUUUGGCCUCUCUGCCUAGCUGCAAGUCUUUAGCUAGCCUAAAAUCCAACGAGUGUCUGGUGAGCGACAGCACGGAGCCUAGCCCUGCUCAUAGUCCAAGCUGA